AGCCCCGCCCCCCGCGUCACAGCAGUCUGACAUUCUCACAACCCUUCGGGCACCCAACCCCAGCGCCCCCGCUACCCCCGUGUCCGCUGAGCGCUCUAUUUAUGUUUCAGCCCAGCGAUUUGCAUAGGUCCCGCCCUUGGCCCUAGGUUCCCCUAUCGGGGCCCCGCCUCAGCCUCGACGUCACGGUGAGGGCCCCACCUCUUGUGCCCGUACAAGGAGCGGCGGGCCCUAGAUGGCAGCGUGGCGUCGCGGCGGCGUGUGCGUGUCGCGCUUCCUUGUGCCGUUUAUAGGGUCCUGGCACUUCCGCUGUCGGGUUAGAAGCGGCGCGGUCAUGGCGGAGCGCGGACAGCAGCCUCCUCCCGCGAAACGGCUCUGCUGCCGGCCGGGCGGCGGCGGCGGCGGCGGCGGCGGCGGCGGGGCCAGCAGCGGCGGCGGAGGAGCGGGUGGCGGUUACAGCUCUGCCUGUCGGCCGGGCCCGCGGGCGGGCGGCGCGGCGGCGGCGGCGUGCGGGGGCGGCGCAGCGCUGGGGUUGCUGCCGCCGGGCAAGACCCAGAGCCCCGAGUCGCUGCUGGACAUCGCGGCGCGCAAGGUGGCUGAGAAGUGGCCGUUCCAGCGCGUGGAGGAGCGCUUCGAGCGCAUCCCGGAGCCGGUGCAGCGCCGCAUCGUCUACUGGUCCUUCCCCCGCAGCGAGCGGGAGAUCUGCAUGUACUCGUCCUUCAACACCGGCGGCGGCGCCGCGGGCGGCCCCGGCGAAGACAGCAGCGGCCCCGGCGGCGCGGGCGGCGGCGCGGGCGGCGCAGGCGGCGGCGGCUCCUCGUCCUCGCCGGUCGCCACCUCGGCCGCCGCCGCCGCUGCCGCCGCCGCCGCCGCCGCCGCUGGGGCCGGGGCCCCGUCGGCGGGGGCCGCCGGGUCGGUGGACGGCGGAGACGAGACACGGCUGCCCUUCCGCCGGGGCAUCGCGCUGCUGGAGAGCGGCUGCGUCGACAACGUCCUGCAAGUCGGUUUCCACUUGAGUGGCACAGUGACAGAACCUGCAAUACAAUCGGAGCCAGAAACUGUUUGCAACGUGGCCAUCAGCUUUGAUCGUUGCAAGAUUACCUCAGUGACCUGCAGCUGUGGAAACAAGGACAUAUUUUAUUGUGCCCAUGUUGUGGCACUGUCUUUAUACCGCAUCCGCAAGCCAGAUCAGGUCAAAUUGCAUCUUCCCAUUUCAGAGACUCUCUUUCAAAUGAAUAGAGACCAACUACAAAAGUUUGUACAGUAUUUGAUCACAGUGCACCACACAGAAGUUUUGCCAACUGCUCAAAAAUUGGCAGAUGAAAUUCUUUCCCAGAAUUCAGAAAUCAACCAAGUUCAUGGUGCUCCUGAUCCAACAGCAGGUGCUAGUAUAGAUGAUGAAAACUGCUGGCACUUAGAUGAAGAGCAGGUUCAAGAACAGGUUAAACUGUUCCUUUCCCAGGGCGGGUACCACGGAUCAGGGAAGCAGCUUAAUUUGCUCUUUGCAAAGGUGCGGGAGAUGUUGAAGAUGAGGGACUCAAAUGGGGCCCGAAUGUUGACUUUGAUAACAGAGCAGUUCAUGGCUGACCCUCGUCUGUCACUUUGGAGGCAACAAGGCACCGCAAUGACUGACAAAUAUAGGCAGCUCUGGGAUGAGCUGGGUGCUCUGUGGAUGUGUAUAGUUUUAAAUCCCCACUGCAAGCUGGAGCAGAAGGCCAGCUGGCUAAAACAGUUGAAAAAGUGGAAUGGUGUUGAUGUCUGUCCAUGGGAAGAUGGAAAUCAUGGCAGUGAAUUACCUAACUUAACCAAUGCUCUGCCUCAGGGUGCGAAUGCUAACCAAGAUUCAUCGAACAGGCCACAUCGGACAGUGUUCACCCGAGCCAUCGAGGCGUGCGAUCUCCACUGGCAGGAUAGCCACUUGCAGCACGUUAUCAGCAGUGACCUGUACACCAACUACUGUUACCAUGACGACGCUGAAAACUCCCUCUUUGACUCCCGCGGGUGGCCCCUCUGGCAUGAACAUGUUCCUACAGCCUGUGCACGAGUGGACGCAUUACGUUCUCAUGGGUACCCCAGAGAAGCACUGAGACUAGCAAUAGCUAUUGUUAACACGUUAAGACGGCAGCAACAGAAACAGCUGGAAAUGUUCCGAACUCAAAAAAAAGAGCUACCCCAUAAAAGCAUAACCUCAAUAACCAAUCUGGAGGGCUGGGUUGGACACCCCCUGGACCCCGUGGGCACUCUUUUCAGCAGCCUUAUGGAAGCCUGCCGCACUGAUGAUGAAAGCUUCCCUGUGUUCUCAGAUUUUACAGAGAAUAUGGGACAGUGCAAGUCUCUGGAAUACCAGCAUCUACCUGCACACAAAUUCUUAGAAGAAGGGGAAUCCUAUUUAACGCUAGCUGUGGAAGUAGCCCUAAUAGGGCUGGGACAGCAGCGUAUUAUGCCUGAUGGGCUGUAUACCCAAGAGAAGGUUUGCCGGAAUGAGGAGCAGCUCAUUUCCAAGCUUCAGGAAAUUGAAUUGGAUGACACACUGGUGAAAAUUUUUCGCAAGCAAGCAGUCUUCCUAUUAGAAGCCGGACCAUAUAGUGGUUUAGGCGAAAUAAUCCAUCGGGAGAGCGUUCCAAUGCACACAUUUGCCAAGUAUCUCUUCACCUCUCUCCUACCUCAUGAUGCUGAAUUGGCAUACAAAAUUGCACUGAGAGCAAUGCGGUUGCUAGUGUUGGAAUCCACUGCUCCAGCGGGAGACCUCACCCGUCCACACCACAUGGCAUCCGUUGUUCCCAACCGGUACCCUCGUUGGUUCACUCUAAGCCACAUAGAAUCCCAGCAGUGCGAGCUGGCAUCCACUAUGCUCACUGCAGCCAAAGGUGACGUUCGGAGGCUGGAAACAGUAUUAGAAUCCAUCCAGAAAAACAUUCACUCCUCAUCCCACAUCUUCAAGCUUGCCCAAGACGCAUUUAAAAUAGCAACUCUCAUGGACAGUUUGCCAGACAUCACUCUUUUGAAGGUGUCUCUGGAGCUGGGCCUGCAGGUUAUGCGGAUGACACUGUCAACCUUAAACUGGCGGCGGCGGGAGAUGGUGAGGUGGCUGGUAACAUGCGCUACUGAAGUGGGUGUUUACGCCCUGGACAGCAUCAUGCAGAGCUGGUUUACGCUUUUUACUCCCACUGAAGCCACAAGUAUUGUUGCAACCACCGUGAUGUCCAACAGCACCAUCGUCCGCCUCCACCUGGACUGCCACCAGCAGGAAAAGCUGGCCAGCAGCGCCCGGACACUCGCAUUGCAGUGCGCUAUGAAGGACCCUCAGAACUGUGCCCUCUCCGCGCUGACCCUGUGUGAAAAGGAUCACAUAGCUUUUGAGACGGCGUACCAAAUUGUUCUCGACGCUGCUACAACUGGCAUGAGCUACACCCAGCUCUUUACAAUAGCACGGUACAUGGAGCACCGCGGGUACCCCAUGAGGGCCUACAAGCUGGCCACCCUGGCCAUGACCCAUCUUAACCUGAGCUACAAUCAGGACACGCACCCAGCCAUUAAUGACGUUUUGUGGGCCUGUGCGCUUAGCCACUCCCUUGGUAAAAAUGAGCUUGCAGCUAUAAUACCUCUGGUGGUCAAGAGUGUCAAGUGUGCAACGGUACUGUCAGACAUUUUGCGCAGAUGCACUCUGACCACUCCUGGCAUGGUGGGACUUCACGGAAGGAGGAACUCUGGUAAGCUCAUGUCACUGGACAAAGCCCCCUUGAGGCAACUCUUGGAUGCCACAAUUGGGGCCUACAUCAACACGACACACUCACGGCUCACACACAUCAGUCCUCGGCACUAUAGUGAGUUCAUAGAGUUCCUCAGCAAGGCCCGAGAGACCUUCUUAAUGGCGCAUGAUGGACACAUUCAGUUUACACAGUUUAUCGACAACCUGAAACAAAUCUACAAAGGCAAAAAGAAACUGAUGAUGUUGGUUCGGGAGAGGUUUGGUUGAUUGAUAGAACUUGUAUGAAUGGGGGUGGGGGUGGGAAUGGGGGGGGACAGUUUGUUUUUACUUGAGCCUGCCUUUGUACCCUUUUUAACUUAAAGAACAGAGCCACACCGGUAUUAUAUGUGUAUAGUUAUAUUGCGUUUGCAGACUAAAUUGUCAUGUGAAAGUUUGUGUGUUUUUAAUUUUCUUCCCUUUUUUUUUUUUUUUUUUUUUUUUUUUUUUUUUUUUUUUUUUUUUUGGUUUUGUAUGAGAGAGAGGUUAAAAAGGUUUGGUUUACACUGAGUAUAUGUUGUCAAGUGGCAAAAGUCCACAUAGCUCUCCUGUUUUCUGUAUACGUUCACAGCCUCAAAAAAAAAUAAUUGAAAUGGCUUUAAAAACCAAACAAAACACCUCCAUCCUGUGAUAAGUACCUCGAAUGGAUUCAGCUUUACUCCUUUGUAACUCAUCUUUACAUUUGCAGCAUAUUUAAACAAACCAACAAAACGAAAAUACUAAUAGUUAAAAGGCUGACCCACGUGGCUUUGCAGUGCUGUUCGUCCAGAAGCAUGGCACACAAUGCUUGUGCAUGUGGAAACUUAGCGACUGUCAACAUACAUUCUCAGGGAUUUAUCAAAAAAAUAAAAAUAAAAAAAGAAUGAGAGCAUUUAUUGUACUGUAUAUAUAUUAUAGUAUAUGUCUGAAUAUUGAAAAUAUAACAUUAACUAAUUUAUAAAAAAUAUUCUAUGUAAUGCAAAAUACUUGAAGCUGCAGUAGCUUGGUUUUAAACAAAAACAAAAAAAAAACUGAGAGAAAACCUAUCAGAAGGACUAAAAGUGCGCCUUGCUUCAGGGUUGGCUCAGGCGGUGAACUUCAUGCUGGGCAUCUAUGCAGAGCCACCUUUUGGAUUGCAUGGUUUGACUGAGAUCUCUUGGGAGAAAUUAUAUAUGUAUAUAUAUUUAUACAACUUAUGUAUACAUAUAUAUAUGUAUACACACAGACACAAGACACACCAACAACAACCACUACACCACACAUGCUUGUAACAGGCACUAGAAUAAAGAAGGACAACAAAAUACACAGCCAGAGCAGCAAGCCUUAGCAUUAAGAAUAUACAGUGUGCCGGAACUGGGGUUCGUGCCUCCUAGCCUAGAAAACUUAAAAGAAGUAUCCUUUUGACAAAACGCAAAAUGUUUUCCAAAACAAUUGACAUCUGAUACAUUACGCCUUUGCAGUGAGCUAAUAAUAAGCUAACCUUUGUGCACAAAUAACAUUAUAUAUAUUAUAUAUCUAUUCUGCAUAGGUAUUUUGACUUUGUGCAGGACAGAAAGUUGUGUAGGUAUGACUGUUCUACUUUUCAGUUUUCUUUCUUUUUUUUAAAUAUAUUUUAUUUUCUCUAGAAUUACUCAAAACAAAAGCAGCCUUCUAUCUUGCCUUGUCUUAAUGCUUUAAAAUAACCAAACUGGAGAUCUAACUACCAAACUGUUCAUUAUAUUAUUAAAUACCAACUUUGGUUACAGUAUAGUGUCUUUACUUUAGCUGAUGGUUCUGUAACCUUGUGCUUUUUAAAGCAAUUUUUAUGUUUUGGUGCAAAAGUUGUCCAGUGUCUCUUGUUCCCUUCAUUAGAGAACAUGCUAGAGGUAUGUUUGUAGGUAUUUUUGUUUAGAAGAACUAUUUCAUGCGCUCCAUUUUAUUUAUUAUAAUAGGUAAAAAGAAAAAAAAAAAGGUUGUACUUCAUCACCCAUGUAAACAUGCUCAUGAAGUUGAAAGUAAUUAAGAUUUGAUACACUGAUAUCAAUUUAUUUAUGUAACUAAAUCACUGUUUUAUAAACUUGUUAAUGAUCAACAAUUUUUGUUUUGAUUAAAAUUAGUUUUUUGAAAGUUGA